AUGCAUGAAAUAAUCUAUAUUUCUUUCUAUCUGUAUGUCUUCCUAGCAACAUGUCUAUCUAUAUAUCUGUCUCAGCCGGUUCAUAUCUAUCUAUCUAUCUCAGUCGGUUCAUAUCUAUUUGUUUAUCUAUCUAUUUAUCAAUCUAUCUAUCUAUCUAUUUAUCUAUCUAUCCAUCUCAGUCGGUUCAUAUUUAUCUAUCUCAGUCGAUUCAUUUCUAUCCAUCUAUCUAUCUAUCUCAGUCGGUUCAUAUCUAUCUAUCUAUCUAUCUAUCUAUCUGUCUGUCUGUCUGUCUGUCUGUUCAUAUCUACCUAUCUAUCUAUCUAUCUAUCUAUCUCAGUCUGUUCAUAUCUAUCUAUCUCAUCCGGUUCAUAUCUAUCUAUGUAUCUAUCUAUGUAUCUAUCUAUGUAUCUAUCUAUUUAUAUAUUUAUCUAUCUCAGUCGGUUCCUAUUUAUCUAUCUAUUUAUCUAUAUAUUUAUCUAUCUAUCUAUCUCAAUCGGUUCAUAUCUAUCUAUCUAUCUAUCUAUCUAUCUAUAUAUUUAUCUAUCUAUCUCAAUCGGUUCAUAUCUAUCUAUCUAUCUAUCUAUCUAUCUAUCUCAAUCGGUUCAUAUCUAUCUAUCUGUCUGGUAUGGAUGCUCGAAAAUAAGUUACAAAGAUCAUUAUUACUACAGAAAUAAAAGGUGA